UAUAGUCUCUUACUGAAUAUGCAAUAGUUGUUAUGCUUAUUGAUAAUUAUUGUUUUUAGACAUAAUAAGAAAAGAUAUUUGGUGGGGCCCGGAGUACAAAUUAGCCAGUGGACCCAGAAACCCUAGCGGCGCCCUUGGAGGUAUGGGAUAAAGCGUUGAGGUAUUUAAAAAAAAAAAAAAAGAAAGAAAAGAAAACAAAGAUCUACGUCAAUCAAUAUGCGUCACCACUCACCGUCUAGUAAGUCACCCGCCUCCAUCCGCGCGGGAUAUAAAUGCGCACCAACGUCAGUGCGCUCACACAUAUAAAGGCGGCGCACAGAACGAGUGCUCCAGUUACCCUUUUAGAAUCCUACCCAGUCAGAUAAAGCAUAAUAACUGCAUUUUCUGUGAAAGCCUCGUCUGUAAUGGAGUAAUUCCAAAUUCCUGUAAAAGUGACAAAACGCGUGUGAAAAGUAUGGAUCUAAACGGCACACUAAUAGAGCUAGACUCCCUAAAAUUGCGCGUCUUGACGGAACAACUUGUGGCGCACGCGAAUAAUUCGGCGCCGCUUCGUCAUAACGAGACGGAUUCCGCUCCUCAGGAGGACUUGGACGUGAACACAAACAUUUACUCUAAAUUGCUCGUCACCGUCAUUUACGUGGUCCUGUUCGCUAUCGGCUGCCUCGGGAACUCUAUAACUCUGUAUACCCUAUUGACAAAGAAGUCUCUUCAGAACCUGCAGAGCACCGUGCACUACCACCUCGCGAGCCUGGCCGUGUCUGAUCUGCUCAUCCUCCUGUUCAGCAUGCCCGUGGAGCUCUAUAACUUCAUCUGGGUGCACCACCCGUGGGCUUUUGGCGCGGCCGCGUGCAAGGGAUACUACUUCCUGCGCGACGGUUGCUCGUAUGCCACGGCUUUCAAUGUGGCGAGCCUGAGCGUCGAGCGCUACAUGGCCAUCUGCCACCCAUUUAAGGCGAAAAGCGUGAUGUCGCGCAGCCGCACCAAGAAGCUGAUCAGUGCUAUGUGGGCCACUUCCUUUCUGCUCGCCACACCGAUGCUCUUUACCAUGGGCCAGAGGAGCGUGGACAGUGAACCCAUAUGCACCACCAUCGUGUCCUCGGUCACGGCCAAAACUGUUCUUCAGGUAAAUGCAUUCCUCUCAUUUGUUGUUCCCAUGGGUCUGAUCUCAGUGCUGAAUGGAAUCAUUGCCAGUCAACUUCUGCGUAUGUUUCAUGAGGCAGCUCAGGACAACCAUGUCUGCGUUGUCGGUGGUAAUGCCACUAUGCUUAGCGUUGCUGUGGAGCCAAACCGUGCCCAGUCAUUGCGCCAUGGUGUUAUGGUGUUGCGAGCUGUAGUUAUUGCUUUUGUGGUCUGCUGGCUGCCCUAUCAUGCCCGUCGACUGAUGUACUGUUAUGUGAAUGACUGGACUGACACUCUCUUUGACUUCUACCACUAUUUCUACAUGGUCACCAACGUGCUGUUCUAUGUGAGCUCAGCAAUCAACCCUGUCCUGUACAACCUCGUCUCAACAAACUACCGCCAGAUCUUUUUCUCCACUAUGCACAAUUUCUGUCUGCCAUGUCGACGUAAGAAGCAAAAACGCAUGCUCACCAGGCACUCAGUCAGCAUCUGCAGUAACCAUACUUUCUCUACCAAUGUCAUUAAAGAGACUGUCUACUGAUCAAUGGCAAAAGCCCAUCUAAAAGUGAGUGUUCUCAAUGGGAGAGCCUUAGUGGCUAGAAGAAAGAGCCAAGA